AUACUACAGACACAGCGCUUCUUCUAUCAAACUGCACUCAUGCGUUACAUUUGCAUAGCGUGGCCUACAAAUGCAUUUGAUGGCAAACUCAUUCGUACAGUGAUUAUUGGAAGAUCAUUACUUGCUUACCUACUUUAAUUUUUGUAUAUGAUCAAUACAAUCACUUUACUACCCUCACGAGGGGCUUGAUUAUAUCCGAGUGAUUUUUUACUUAUUUUAAAAGUAGCAACAGCAGUCUUUUACUUUUUAAUCAUUAUGAUGUAGUCAGUUCGUAUUGUGCAUUUAUCUAAACUACAUAUCGGUCUGUCGUCAUUACUCCUUUGGUUUUAUCGGCAUUGUCAGUAAAUAAUUGACAGCAUCACACCACCAAUCUAUAUCUGCAGUCGCACCCGUCAUCAGUGCUGAACUAUAAACGGUUCUUGUCAUGCUUGAAUCUCAUUCCCCUUCCAUUAGCCUUCCCAUCGGUACACGGAUUUAAUUGGGAAUCGUUCAUAUUGAUAACUUCUCAAGUGUCGUAUUAAAUCAGUGACGAUCUAGGUACCUUUUAAAAUACACAAUUUUUGUUACAGUAGUGAUUAAAUUGUUUCAUCAUGACUCUUCAUUUUUCAACUAUCAAUUAUCAUCAAAAAUAUAUAUUCGGCAUAUGCAAUCUGGUCUGAUUGUUCUGCCUGAAUCUGGAUCCUGCCUAACUAUACAUUUUUAUGCAUAAUAAUAAUAAUAAUAACAGAACGGCAAAACUGUGACGAGAAGGACUAUAUAGAAUAGCACAUUAAUUCCUCCAGCGUUUGGAGAUAGUGCCAAAAUGGAAGAGGUGGAAGCAACAACUCGCAAACUUAUUUUUGAGGACGAUUAUAGUUCCCUGUUUAAAUGGCCGGAAUAUUUGGUAUUCGCCUCCGUCCUGGUGGCAAGCAUGGGCAUCGGAAUCUUUUACGGAUUCUUUAGCAAGAAAAAUAAGACGAAUGAGGAAUAUCUAAUGGGUGGGAGGAAGAUGGGAGUUUUCCCUGUGUCUUUAAGUCUUAUCUGCAGCUUUAUUUCGGCCAUCACGCUACUUGGCAAUCCGGUCGAAGUUUACUUUUACGGGCUGAUUUACCUAUAUUUUUCCAUAUCAUUCAUCCCGAUGACGCUCAUAAUUUCGUACUGCUAUUUGCCUGUAUUCUUUAAACUACAACUCACAUCCGCAUAUGAGUAUUUUGAGAUGAGGUUUGACAAGAAAGCUCGACAGAUUGUUUCGGCGUCGGCAAUAAUUCAUUUGAUGAUAUACAUGCCGCUUACGGUAUGGGGCCCGUCUUUAGCACUUGAUCAAGUUGCUGGACUUAAUAGAUACAUGACAUCGGCUGUGAUCUUUCUCGUAUGCAUAGCAUAUUCCUCCAUUGGUGGACUGAAAGCCGUUCUAUGGAGCGACGCUCUGCAGGCCAUCAUUAUGUUUGGAACUAUGAUCACAGUAAUAGUAGUCGGAGUAAAUAAGGUUGGAGGAAUUGAUGUUGUAUGGGAAAGAGCUGCCGCUACAGGAAGAACGGACGUUUUGUUUUUCGACCCAGACCUUAGGUCGAGACACACAUUUUGGACGGGGACAAUUGCUGCUUACUUCAGCUGGAUACCACUGUUCGCAGGCACCCAGGCUCAAAUCCAACGCUAUCUUUCCGUACCAACAAUGAGGCAGGCGAGACAAUGUUUGUUUUGGAAUAUGCUGGGGCUCUUUGCAGUCAUUUUUCUGUGUUCUCUUACGGGACUGUUGAUCUUUGCGAAAUAUUACAAUUGCGAUCCGGUCUUACUUGACUCUGGUGUCAUUAGUUCGUCAGACCAGCUCCUUCCCCUGUUUGUUAUGGAUGUUCUUGGAAAUUAUCCUGGUCUGCCUGGCCUGCUCGUUGCAGGUCUCACAUGUGGAAGCCUAAGCUCUGUAUCCAGUGCACUCAAUGCCCUUCCAGCAAUUAUUGUCGAGGAUUAUGUGAAACCGUUCAAACCUGGAUUGUCGGACUUAAAACUGGGAUAUAUCUCAAAACUUAUUUCUGCAGUUGGGGGCUUAUUGUCGUUUUCAUUAAUUUUUGUCAUUGCGGCAGUAGGGAAUAUCCUUCCAUUUGCAUCACUUCUGCAUGGAACAUUUGUGGGGCCAAUUGUGGGCAUGUUUAGUCUGGGAAUGUUCUUCCCCUGGAGUAAUUCUUUGGGCUCCUUGCUUGGAAUUAUUCCUACACUUUCAAUUACUUUAUUUCUUGGACUCGGUUCGAUUAUGGCCGGAAAUGCUGGAAACCUUCCGAAUCAAAAAUUGCCUCUGCGUACCGAUGGAUGCUAUUUGAAUGAAACGACCAUAUUUUCAUCUAAUUUGAAUUCUCCGUUUUCAAUCAGAGACAAUGAUGCAUGGAAGGACAAAGAAUACUCAACUUUAAACACAAUAUUUUCUAUUUCAUAUCUUUGGCAGCCAUUAAUCACAAUUGUGGGUAGUGUAGUAUUUGGCCUGUUCUUCAGUAUUAUAGUCAACAUGUAUCGCAAGUCUCCACCUGUAAAAUCACGGUAUUUAUCCCCUCUGAUUUUAAAAAUGUGGUUGAAAAUCCUCGGCAGAACAAGGCUUGAAUCAUGGAUCGAAUUUGAAGAUGAGGAUGAAAAUGCUAAUAAAACGAAAAAGGACUCUUAUGGAAUGGGAACUAUCCCAAGCGGAAAACUAUCCGUCAAGAGCGAAGUGCAUGCAUUCGAUAAUCCUGAAUUUGUAAUGGAUGAAAUAAUUGAUAAAGAAAAAUAUAAAAACGAAGAUGGAAAAGUUUCCUGAAAUCUAAUCAACCCAAGAAAUUAUUUUACCUAUGUUGAUGUUGUAGAUUAUUUAUUUUGUUAAUAAAAGUUUGACAUUACUAACAAAAUGCAUA